UGCAGCGCAGUCAUGGCUUGCACUUCUGAAAAAUAUAGAAAAUGUCAAUGUAAUCGAGAUCCGGUCAACAGUAUUCUGUUUCAAAUGCUCAACAAGAAAAAUAACACCCAGCAUGACAGUCAUUUACAUAUCUGUAGCUCUGCAAGAGGAUGCCCUUGUGAGGACAAUCAAAAAGUGUCUCUGAAGAAUCCUGAAGUCACCUGCAAAAAGGCAUCCGAGGUACUACUGAAGACAGUGGCUUUUAUCAGAAAUGUUCCAUCCUUCUAUCAGUUACCACAAGAGGACCAGAUGUUGCUUGUUCAAAAAUGUUGGGCUCCACUCUUUGUUAUGGGCCUUGCUCAAGAUAAAGUUCAUUUUGAGCUGCAAGAACAGUCUGCCCCCAGUUUAUUGAAGAAAAUCCUUCUUAAUCAAUCAGAUGGUGUUGGUGAUGUCUCAUUAAGAACUGAUACUAAUGGAGUCCCAUUAAUAGAUGUAAAGAGAAUUCAAAUGUGUCUGCGCAAAUUCUGGAAUUUAGACAUCUGUGCAAAGGAAUAUGCCUAUCUUAAGGGACUGGUUCUGUUCAACCCAGAUAUCAGCGGGAUGAGAUUCCCACAUUAUGUACACACCCUGCAGCUGGAAGCCUGGCACACACUGAUGGAAUUCACUUCGAUGAUGCACAGUACAAACCAGGUUCGCUUCAGGUGGAUGCUUGAAGCGCUUGAUCUUAUCAAACGAGUUGAUGCCAAUGUUAUUACAGAACUUUUUUUUAAACCAAUCUCAGGAGAGAUCAAUUUGGAAGAUCUGUUGCUUGAAACCUUGUUCACCAAGUAG